UCAGUUUGUGUUUUGUUUUUUUUGUUUGUUUGUUUUUCUUGACUUCACGAAAGUAACUCAAGAGAAAGAAGGAACAAUGUCGUUUGUCAAUGUGCCCCAGGGAAGCGACUUCCCCAUCGAAAAUCUCCCAUUCGGAGUGUUUUCCACCAUUGGCAAUGAGCGCCAUCGCAUUGGAGUGGCCAUUGGAGAGGAGAUUUUGGACCUGAGCGCCGUGAAGUCACUGUUCACUGGACCGGUGCUUGCCAACCAGCAAGACGUGUUCGAUGAGCUCACUCUGAAUCGCUUCAUGAGCCUGGGCAAGGCUGCCUGGCAUGAGACCCGCGUCACUUUGCAGAAGAUCCUCUCCAAGGAUGAGGGUGUUUUGCGCGAUAACGCAGAUCUGCGCUCACGGUAAGCCCACGGAGUGUUUGUGUUGUUCACGCUCAGUAUACAUUUUCAAGUGACGAAUAGUGUCCGGGCUCAGCU